UACACUUUGUAAUCUCCGCUAAUUACAAAAUAUAUCCUGAGUGAUGGCUCGUAGGUAUGACACAAGGACGACGAUUUUCUCUCCUGAAGGACGUUUGUACCAAGUGGAGUAUGCAAUGGAAGCGGUGGGACAUGCAGGCACAUGUUUAGGGGUCGUAGCAAAAGAUGGAAUAGUCCUGGCCGCUGAAAAACGCUUCAUAAAUAACCUUUUAGACGAAACGGUUUUUUCCGAGAAGAUCUAUAAGAUCAAUGACGACAUAGCCUGCGCCGUUGCUGGUAUAACGGCUGAUGCUACGGUUCUCAUAAAUGAGAUGCGACUUAUUGCUCAACGAUAUUUCUUGUCUUAUCAAGAGCCUAUGCCAGUAGAACAACUUGUGUGCCACAUAUGCGAUCUUCAACAUGGUUAUACUAUGUAUGGUGGUAGAAGACCCUUUGGUGUUUCCAUGUUGUUCAUAGGAUGGGAUAAGCGUUAUGGUUACCAACUAUACCAGACGGAUCCAUCGGGGAAUUUUCUGGGAUGGAAUGCUACAUGUAUUGGGUCAAAUUCAACUGCAGCCGGCUCCAUAUUGGAACAGGAUUACAAUGCAGAUGCAACAGUCGAAGAAGCCACAAAGUUGUGUGUAAAAGUCCUGUAUAAAACAAUGACAAUGUCUAAACUAACUUCGGAAAAGGUUGAAAUCGGAGUUCUACAAAGACGUAAUGACAAACCUACGUUCGUCUUAUCAAUCAAAGUGAGGUCGAUACUCUGAUAAAAACAGUUGAAGGAGAAGAAACUCAGAAGAAGUAAUACUUGUGUACAGUCAUUUCUACGCUUUAUAAAACUUUUUGAGAGCAAUAUGUUAUUCUUUAUUAUUUGUUUGAUGAUAACAAAUUUGUUGGAUUAUUUUACCACAUCUAAAGCGUAAACAUUAUAAAAUGGAUACAUGUUGAUA